UGCUUUUAAAGUGUUCUUCAAGUUCCAAUGUUGAUGCAUCAUAAACGCAGUUGAAGGAAUGGAGGGAUUAGAAGGAGAGAAUAGCGGAGAAGCUGACUUAAAAUGCGACUUAUGUUCCAAGUCCUACCAACGACGUGACCUACUCCUGAGACAUCGUAGGCGAUGUCAAGGUCCCAAAAAGGCAGUAACCCGCCGCAAAGCUUGCGAUGCCUGUGUUCAAGCGAAAGUCAAGUGUAGCUAUGCACAACCAGCAUGCUCUCGAUGUUCCUUGAGGGGUACACGAUGUAUCUAUACUGUACGUUCGGAAGCUUCCACCUCGAUGCAUCAAGAUAGCGAAGACGCAACUGCGGGUCCCUCAAACCUUCAAUCCUCUUCUUCCGAGAUAGAGAGUUUUGCAAGUUCGAGCGUGGGCACUGAGAUGGGAAUUCCUGCUUGGGAUUUUUCGACUCCGCUAUACUCGCUUAACAAUUUCGAAAUGGACAUGCCAGACAUAGGGAACCCUUUUGCUGAUUCCCAAUCUUCCAUGUUACGAGGUACUUCAGAGUUUCCACCAUCGAGUCAAGCUAUGUUGUCGUCUUCGAGCAAUGUUACAGCACCUCUACGGCUGGUGCCACCUUCCCAUGACAGCACAUUGUCUGCGGAGAACUCUCCAUCAGUGUCAGACUCACGGGCUCUGGUUCAGAAACUCGAUGAAUACCCCUCUUUACUCAUGAAAAGCUCUUUCUUCUCUCCAUUUCUUCACAUGUCACUGUACUCACUAUAUAGUAAUAUCGUUCCUGAUAUGACAUAUCUGCCUCAGACUUCAAUGGCCAUAUGCUGCGGAAGUGAAACGCAUAACUCAGACAACAAUCAAUUUAUCAAGCGAGCCAUAGACGCUGCACGGCAGAGAUUAAUUGGAAGUUUUCCAUCGUACGAGUGUAUGCAACAAUGGGAUGCGUUGCAUGCUAUGCUCAUAUAUGAGAUUCUGGAGCUGAGAGAAAGUCUAAGAGAAGAGCCAGAAACAUGGAAACAUGACCCACGUGUUCAAGGGCUUCGGUCACCCUUUCUUUUGAAGAUGACUCAAACUUACCUCCGAUCAUACCCAGAAAUUCAAAAUCCUGAUAUAGACGCUUUCUCCAAUCCAAGUUCAGCCCCAUGCUCCGCAGCUACCACAGUCUGGGCUCGAUGGAGAAUAACCGAAACAGCACGAAGAACAAUCUUCUUUACCAAUAUCCUCAAUUUCUACAGCAACCGGGAUCAUACUACCGGAAGACAGAUGCCUUACUACGAAUCGCUUAAUGACGAUCUCAUUCUGCAUAUGCCAUUACCUUGCAGUCAAGCUUCGUGGUCGGCGCGCAAUGAGGAAGAUUGGAGAGUAGCGAUAGAGCAGGAAUUCCGAACCGAAAUUUUCCUGAGGGAUGUACUGGCAAGGUAUACGAAGGAACAGAUUCAGGUCAAGUUUGGUACAAGUGUUGGCUUUGGGAGUUCUGAUGAGCUAAGAGGGCUUAUAGUUCUUUGCGCCAGAGAGCAGUUCGCUUAGCCUGGUGGCCCCUGAG